CUGACUGAACCUCCUCCUUGGCAGUUCAACUCUACUGUCAGCACCGCGCUUCUUCGAUACGAUAACGUCUUGACAGCCUACAGGAGCAAGAAGCUGCUGAGGAUGUCGAGGAAAGACCUCCGGCUGCUUGCGCUCGACGGCGGCGGUGUCCGCGGCUUGUCCUCGUUGAUGAUUCUCCAGCAGCUCAUGGAGACGGUCAACCCAGAUGCGCCACCGAAGCCGUGUGACUACUUUGACAUGAUCGGCGGAACAAGCACUGGCGGGCUGCUCGCGAUCAUGCUCGGCCGGCUGAAGAUGGGCAUUGAUGAGUGCAUCAGCGCCUAUCUCUCACUGUCAGAUCACGUAUUCCAGAAGAAGAGGCACAGAGUGACAGUGAAGGGCAAAAUCCAAGGCCGGUUUGACUCGGAUGCACUGGAGGGGGCAGUGAAGAAGAUCAUGAAAGAGCAAGGGCACCAGGAGGAUGUACUCCUAAAAGAUGCCCCAGAUUCGGUGUGCAAAGUUUUUUUGUGCGCGACAAGCAAAGAGACUAGUGAAACAGUUUGCCUUACGAGCUACAAAUCCCCGCGCGGCAACACAGACCUGUUAAAUAGCGUCAAGAUAUGGGAAGCUUGCCGUGCAACAUCGGCGGCAUCUUCCUUCUUCGACCCGAUCGCGAUUGGUCGGUUCAAGGAAGAGUUUGUGGAUGGAGCAACGGGAGCGAAUAACCCAGUGAUGGAACUAUGGAACGAGGCUCAGCUAAUGUGGGGAGUAGAGCCGCUAGAAGGCAAGCUCCAAUGUCUCGUCUCAAUUGGCACAGGCAUACCUUCACUGAAGCCGUUCCCAGACGAUGUGCUUCAUAUUGGAGAGGCCUUGGUUGCUAUUGCAACCGAAACAGAACGGACUGCCGAGAGGUUCCGACGAGAUAAGGCAUACUUAGACGACAGUAGCCGAUACUUCCGAUUCAAUGUGGUGCGUGGGUUAGAAGAUAUUGGGCUCGAAGAGUCGGCGAAGGCAAAAGAGAUUGCGGCGGCGACACGGCGGUACGUUACAUCUCAGGAAACGUUCAAACAGAUGCAGGCAUGUGCAAAAAAUCUGCGCCCUCGGGACGACGAAAGCUCGCCCGACCCCUCCAAGGAUCCCUUAGCAGCACUACUUUCACAACUUUCAACCAGGAAUAGUUCUCCAUUCCGCCAGGAGAUUGUUAUGGCGGCUAAAGAUGGUGAUGCGGAUUUAGUAAAAGCGCUCUUGCAGAAAGGAGCUGACGUUAAUGCAAAGGGCGACUUGGACAACCUGACUCCUUUGUGGUGGGCUGCCUACAAAGGUUACCCAGAGGUAGCUAAAGUGCUGAUCGAUACGGGCAAGGCCAAACUCGACGAGAAGGACGGGUAUCUUGUGACGCCAUUUUUUUGGGCCGCCCAAAACGGUCACGAUGCUGUCGUUGAGCUACUGCUACAGACUGGCAAGGUCGACGUUAACGUAAAGAAUAAGAUGUGUCGGACACCGCUAUCCUUGGCCGCAGGGAACGGAGAGGAAGCCUUGGUUAAGAGAUUGCUGGAGACGGGCAAAGCCGACCUUGAUGGGAAGGACAGAAUGAACCGAACACCACUAGCGUGGGCGAUUGCGAAAAAGCAAGAGGGAGUGGUGAAGCUGCUGCAGUCCUAUGGUUCCUCAUAGGUGAUGCUUCGAAUGAAUAGGCUUAUCCCAGCUGUGUUCCCUCCACUCUACCGGCUAG